AUGACGGACUUUGGACUUUCAGCCUUCCACAACAACGGCAGCAGCAGCAGCAGCACCGGCAAACGUGUGAUGGGUGUGCAUAAUAGUCGCUUAACGUGCAAACUGAGCGAGAACCAGCAGCACAAGAUCUAUUGCCAUUAUCGUACGCUGUGUACUAGAGGUGUACAAAGCAGCAGAAGCGGUAAAACAGCAGCAGCAUCACCAGGCCAACUAAAUGUGUGUGACAUCGCCAGACCGGCAGGCAGGAUUUUAAUACGAUUGCCGGAAAGGAAAAACACCACUAGUACUGGCGCUUCUGGAUUGUUUAAGGUGACGGUCGAGGAUAAGAAACCGGCUGGUGAUAAGAAGGCUGCAGCGAAAAAACCCGAAGAAAUCGACUACCACAGGAGAGAAGAAAAACCGCUGGUGGUGGAGAAAGCCAACGCUGUCGCUGCAAACACGGUAGCAGCUGGCAAUAAACAGAAGGCUAAACUAACGAAGACUGUAGAGAACAAGCCAAAGAAGGCCGCCGCACCUGCCAAGAAAGCUGCUCCAAAAAUCACCACAACCAAGAAGUAA